AUGACACAGGGGACAACAGAACUGUUGAGAGAGACAACAGAACUUUUGAGAGGGACAACAGAACUUUUGGUAGGGACAACAGAACUUUUGAGAGGGACAACAGAACUGUUGAGAGGGACAACAGAACUUUUGAGAGGGACAACAGAACUGUUGAGAGGGACAACAGAACUUUUGAGAGGGACAACAGAACUGUUGAGAGGGACAACAGAACUGUUGAGAGAGACAACAGAACUUUUGAGAGAGACAACAGAACUUUUGAGAGGGGACAACAGAACUGUUGAGAGAGACAACAGAACUUUUGGUAGGGACAACAGAACUUUUGAGAGGGACAACGGAACUGUUGAGAGAGACAACAGAACUUUUGAGAGGGACAACAGAACUGUUGAGAGGGACAACAGAACUUUUGAGAGGGACAACAGAACUGUUGAGAGAGACAACAGAACUUUUGAGAGGGACAACAGAACUUUUGAGAGGGACAACAGAACUGUUGAGAGGGACAACCGAACUUUUGAGAGGGACAACAGAACUGUUGAGAGAGACAACAGAACUUUUGAGAGGGACAAAAGAACUGUUGAGAGAGACAACAGAACUUUUGAGAGGGACAACCGAACUUUUGAGAGGGACAGAACUGUUGAGAGAGACAAAAGAACUGUUGAGAGGGACAACAGAACUGUUCAGAGGGACAACAGAACUGUUGGGACAGACAACCAAACUGUUGAGAGACAACCUAACUGUUGA